ACAGUGAACUUGAACACCACAAAAACAACAUGUUCGUAAAACUGGCUGUACUCGCUUGCUCUUUGGCCGUAGCAUCAGCGGCCUACAAUGGUCCCUUGGCAGGAGGCCAACCUGCAGCUCUCUACCCCGCGGGAGUGGACCCUAAGGCUUGUCCCAAUUUCCCUGACUGUUCAAACCCAGCUGUAGCUGUCAAUCAAGUACCCGAACAAGUCGUGCCACAAUAUUCUCAAUACCAAGCUCAACCACAAUACCAACAACAAUACCAACCUCAAUACCAACCACAAUACCAACCCCAACCUCAACAAUACCAAUCCCAAUACCAACCUCAAGCUCAAUUCGCCCCACAACAAUACAAUCCCGUUGUACCUCAACAAUACGCUCAAGCUCAACAGCAACAACAAUACUCUCCUGAUGUACAAAACGCUUUAGACCGUGGUGAAUACAUCGGUGAUGGAGAUUAUCACGGUGAAGGCCUUGCUGAAUCUCUAGCUCCUGGAUAUGCUGGUGCUCCACAACAAGCUGCUUACAACUCAGCUCCAGUAGCUUCCCAAUAUGCUCAAGCAGCUUACAACCCAGCUCAAUACAACCAAGCUGGAGCACACGCUCAACCUGCUCAAAUUCCAGCUGGAGUAGAUGCCAGAUCCUGCCCUAACUAUCCAUUCUGUCAUUAGUAGCUGUAUAAAGUUUUGUAUUUUAUUUUCCCACUACCAAGUACGACUGCCAGCUGACAACAUGUUGUUGGAUAUACUUUUAGUUGUAAGGUAUAUGUUUCCUCCUUGUAGAUAAUCUCUUGUGUAAAUUAUUUUAUACAAUUUUAAUAAAAUAUAUAAUAACAA